CCAUCCUCGACCUCGACCACGACUGUUCGUCUCUUCUUCAGCUCGAGAUUCGUGUGCUGCUAGGCCAUAAGACGAGACAGCGAACCGCCAUACAGUUGUUAUUGCUACCUUUUGGAACCAAGUCUGCUGUGGGAGAUGUUCAAGUGCCGCGUAUGGGCGCUUGGUAUGUCUAGACUCGAGACUAGAGAGCAUUGCGGCCCGUCGACAGGGUGCUCAUAAGGGUUCACUCACCUCCCUCGUGUGCAAAUAUACCUGAGAUCCCCAGGACGACGGUGUAAUCUCCUGGCGAUAGCCAGCCUCCAAACCAGGCCAUGCCCUCCACUCACCUUGAAUAUGGCAUCGCACCUCGGCUUGGAGCGUUGAUGAGAUCUCCAACAACUCCGCAUGUGUCGCCAACGACUCCAGGUAGGUUGGCAGGCCCCUAAGUGCUGACCCUACUCUACCUGAGGCAGGCCCGCAUCUAAAGCACUUCUGAGAUUGCGACUGUUUUCCUGAUCAAAUUGUCGAUAUGGCCAGCGAGGAGACGCUACGACUUCCACCGUCAAGCUCGACGGUAAGAGUGCGAAUGAUCGACACCACAGCCCUGAUGGUCGUCAACGCUAAAAUGUUCGUCGAACCCGUCCAGAAAGGGCACGAAUGGAUCAACAUAAAUGUUGCAGCAUUCCUCAUUGAACAUCCUGCCUCGGGCAAAAAGGUCAUGUUCGAUCUCGGCGUCCGCAAAGACUACUGGAAUCUGCCUGCCUCGAUGCAGAAGCGUCUCGGCUUUGUUGUUCCAGCUCUUCGCGUAGACAAAGAUGUGACUGAAAUUCUGCAGGAGAAGGGUCUCGAGCUGGAUGAAAUUUCCAGCGUGAUAUGGUCGCAUUAUCAUUGGGACCAUACAGGCAGCACAGAAGUCUUCCCCAAGACGACCGAGCUUGUUGUGGGACCCGGCUUCAAGACCAAAAUGCUGCCUGGCUAUCCUCACAAUGUCGAUUCGCCCGUUGAUUCUGCUGCCUUCGAAGGCCGAACACUUACAGAAAUCGAUUUCAGCACGACCGACCUUGAGAUUGGGGGAUUUCGAGCUUAUGACUUCUUCGGAGACGGAUCCUUCUAUUUACUAGAUACUCCUGGUCAUUGUCUGGGCCACGUCUGUGGACUGGCACGCACCACUCCUGACCCGGAAAGCACUUUCAUACUGCUUGGAGGCGACAUAUGUCACUUUUCUGGAGACUUCAGACCCACAGCGAAGAAACCAUUACCUGACCCGAUUCCUGCGGGAACUCUUGACGCGGACAGCUUCUUUCCGACGCCGUGUCCCUGCUCCUUUUUCGCAGACCACCAUCCAAUGAAGGUCUCCGGAAACACCGGCGUUGAUGGUAAAACGACGCCGUUCUACCACAUCUCUACCGAUCCGUCUGCCGCUUAUGUAGAUCCAAAGACAUCCCAGAUCUCAGUUGGGAAGCUGGCCAACUUCGACUCGGAUCCCUCGAUCUUGGUCUGCCUGGCUCAUGAUACAGCCAUGAUGCAGGGUCUGCCGACGUUCAAUGAACACCCAGAAGAUGAUUUGAAUGCCUGGAGGGAGCGAGGCUUGAAGGAGAAGAUCCACUGGGGCUGGCUGAAUGAAUUGCCCAGGGGUGGUAAGCCGGGAAGGAAGGCGGUUGUCGAGGGUUUCUGGCGGGAUAUGAAACCCUGGCCGGAAGCGAGGGAUAUAAUGCGCAAGAAUGGAGAGAAAGCUUCCAAGGUUGGCUUGCAUUGAACAGGAUCGCUACCACCAUUUGCACACAGCUGUAUGAGGUUGAACAUACUAGUAUUCAUGGAAGCACAUCUAUAGCCUAGCUCUGUCUUGUCUACUAGUAUUUGCACCGUUGGAUAUACUGCGAGCCGCAGCUG